AUGUCUGACAAGCUUACUCGUAUCGCCAUUGUCAACAAUGACAAGUGUCGCCCUCGCAAGUGCCGCCAGGAGUGCAAAAAGUCGUGCCCCGUGGUCCGCAGUGGCAAGCUCUGCAUCGAAGUCGCCCCCGAGUCCCGCAUCGCCUUCAUCUCCGAGUCGCUCUGCAUCGGUUGCGGCAUCUGCGUCAAAAAGUGCCCUUUUGACGCCAUCACCAUCAUCAACCUGCCCACCAAUCUCGAGAACCAGGUGACGCAUCGCUAUGGCCCCAACAGCUUCAAGCUCCACCGUCUGCCUAUGCCUCGGCCGGGCCAGGUCCUCGGUCUGGUUGGAACCAACGGUAUCGGCAAAAGUACCGCCCUCAAGGUCCUCAGCGGCAAGCUCAAGCCCAACCUGGGCCGCCACGACAACCCUCCGGACUGGGAGGACGUCAUCAAGCACUUCCGCGGCUCCGAACUCCAAAAUUACUUCACCAAGCUCCUCGAGGACGACCUCAAGGCCGUGGUCAAGCCGCAGUACGUCGACCAGAUUCCCAAGGCUGUGCGCGGUCCCGAGAAGAGCGUGCGUGCCCUCAUCAAGAGCCGAGCCUCGCUUGGAAAUAGCAAGGAGGUUGCGGAUAUCCUCGAGCUCAACCACAUCAUGGACCGAGACAUCACCCUUCUAUCUGGUGGCGAGCUUCAGCGUUUUGCCAUUGGUACCGUCUGUGUCCAGAAGGCCGACGUGUACAUGUUCGACGAGCCGUCUUCCUACCUUGACGUCAAGCAGAGGCUGAGCGCCGCUCAAAUCAUCCGCUCCCUGCUGCGUGACGAUGACUACGUCAUUGUCGUCGAGCACGACUUGUCGGUACUCGAUUAUCUCUCCGACUACGUGUGUGUCCUGUACGGCCAGCCCGCCAUUUAUGGUGUCGUCACCCUUCCCCACUCUGUCCGAGAAGGCAUCAAUAUCUUCUUGGACGGACACAUUCCGACCGAGAAUUUGCGUUUCCGCGAGGAGUCUCUGACCUUUCGCAUCGCCGAGGGCACGGAUGAUUUUGCCAUUGACAAAUCGCGUGCCUUCAAGUAUCCUUCCAUGGACAAGACGCUUGGCAACUUCAAGCUCCACAUUGACGAUGGCGACUUCACCGACUCCGAGAUCAUUGUCAUGAUGGGGGAGAACGGAACUGGCAAGACGACCUUCUGUCGCCUCUUGGCGGGCGCCCUCAAACCCGAUAGCAAGGCCAGCGUGCCCGAGAUGAGGAUCAGCAUGAAGCCCCAGACCAUCACCCCCAAGUUUGAGGGCAGUGUUCGUCAACUCUUCUUCAAGAAGAUCAAGCAAUCGUUCUUGAACCCGCAGUUUCAGACCGACGUGGUCAAACCUCUCAAGCUGGAUGACUUCAUCGACCAGGAAGUCAAGAACCUGUCCGGUGGUGAACUGCAGCGCGUUGCCAUUGUCCUAGCCCUGGGCAUGCCCGCCGACAUCUACCUCAUCGAUGAGCCGUCGGCCUACCUGGACUCGGAGCAGCGCAUCAUUGCCUCGCGCGUCAUCAAGCGCUUCAUCAUGCACUCCAAGAAGACGGCCUUUGUCGUCGAGCACGACUUCAUCAUGGCCACUUACCUCGCCGACAGAGUCAUUGUCUUUGACGGCAAGCCUGGCAUCGACGCCCACGCCAACAAGCCCGAGUCGCUCCUGACCGGGUGCAACAGCUUCUUGAAGAACCUGGACGUGACGUUCCGUCGCGACCCCACCAACUACCGCCCUCGAAUCAACAAGCUGGGCUCUCAGCUCGACCAGGAACAGAAGCUAGGCGGCAACUACUUCUUCUUGGAAGAGUCCACCGACAAGAGCUCUUGA